AUGAUGUCUGUGGGGCGGCCCUUGUCGCUGCGUGGACCGAGGGUCCUCCGAGGGGCCAGCAACAGCGCACCUUCCCACGAAUCCCGCCCCUCCGAGCUGCCUGGAGGUCCCGCCCCCGGCGGAACUCGCGGUUGCUGGGCAACCGGUGCGGGCGCCGCCGGCGGGCUCUGCGCUCCCUGGAGCAACCCGAGUGCAGCUCCCACCUCUUGCCCUGGCGACUUCCCUUCCCGCCCGCUUCCUUUCUUGCCGCGUCUCCUUGUGUCCUGCAGUCCCUGCCCUUGGCACCACGUAAACCUCUCCGGCUCCCGCGACGCCUUAGCGCCCACCUGCUUCCAAGCCAAGUUCCAUCGAAAACGAAGUGCUUCGAGCCCAGACGUGGUGUCCACGCUGACUGACCGCGCCUCUCGGACCAUGGGCACCUUCACCUACACCUACACCAGCCGGCCGCGGGCCCCGCCCUGCCAGCGCCGCCGUUAUCGGGACCAGGUGUUGCAGCCAGCUGAUGAACCUAUGCCGUAUGGAAAUAUCAUGUAUGACAGAAGGGUGAUCCGAGGCAACACUUAUUCUCUGCAUGCAGAUCCGUCGCUCGGGCAGCACAGUGAUGAAUACAUCCAGAGAAAUCAGCAGACUAAGAAGAGGACUCUUGCCAAAAAACGAACCCAGGAACAGCUCAGACCGCGCACGCCGGAACCCGUAGAAGGCAGGAAGCACGUGGACGUGCAAACAGAAUUAUACCUUGAAGAAAUUGCUGACCGCGUAAUAGAAGUUGACAUGGAAUGCCAAACAGAUGCAUUUUUGGACAGACCACCAACACCACUCUUUAUUCCUGCCAAAACUGGCAGAGAUGUGGCCACCGAAAUACUAGAAGGAGAGCUCUUUGACUUUGAUCUUGAAGUUAAACCAAUGUUAGAAGUUCUAGUGGGAAAGACCAUUGAGCAGGCGCUCCUGGAAGUGAUGGAGGAGGAGGAGCUGGCCAACCUGCAGGCCAGUCAGCAUGCAUAUGAAGAGCUGCGCAAUAUGGAACUUGCGGAAGUUCAGAGACUUGAAGAGCAGGAGAGGAGACACCGAGAGGAAAAGGAGCGGCGGAAGCAGCAGCAGUGGGAGGUGACGCACAAGCACAAGGAGACGUCGCAGAAGAUCGCCUCGCGCGCCUUCUCGCAGCGCUACCUGUCCGACCUGCUGCCCUCCGUGUUCGACAGCCUCAGGACGGCUGGCUACUUCUUCGACCCCGUGGAAAGAGAUAUUGAGCUAGGCUUCCUUCCAUGGCUGAUGAAUGAAGUUGAAAAAUCCAUGGAACACAGCACGGUGGGGAGGACAGUGCUUGACAUGUUGAUUCGUGAGGUGGUUGAGAGGAGACUGACGAUGUAUGAACAUAAGGAGGACAGACCACCCGAGGACGGACGUGCUUCUGGAGGGAUGAGAGACCCACCGAUGGGCUAUGAAUUCCAGGAACAAAACACAUCGCAUUCACAGAGGUCACUUCUGAACACAGACUCCCCGAAAAGAUCCCCAUACAAUGGAAGAUACACAGAAAGUGUAUCAUCCCAAGAAAGGAAGCUAAUGGAAGAAGAAGAAGAAGAAGAACCCAUAGAACUGAAGAGAUCCUUAGGGAGGGAAGGACAGUCACAGCAGGGAGCCUGGGACCGGUGAAACCCUCACAGCCCCUCAGCAGUGCACGC